AUGGCUGAUCCCCUCAAAAACACCAGUAAGACUGAAGUUGUUCACACUGUUGAUAGUGACCCAGCUGAAGAGGAGAUCAACAAGGAUGGACAAGGGAUUGCUAAGAAUGCCAAUGUUACUGCAGAUGUCAAUGACAUUGAAGAUAAUGAGCACACCAAGGCCAAUACUGAAACUAAUACUGAUGUGGUAGACUUAGAUAAGUACUCUAACAACGAAUUACUUACCUCCUUGAAUCCUAGUGUAGCCAACAGGCUAAUGACAAAAAGAAAAGACAAACAUGUUGUCCAAAGAUCCCCUAAAAAGAGCACACAAGUGAAAAGCCAUGUCAAAGACGUUGUCAUGAAGAAGAGUACUUCUGCUGGUCCUAUCAAGAGCAAAGCUGUAACCAAGAGUACAGGGGUUGGUCCAUCAAAAUCUUGGAGCAGGGUCAUUCCAAAGAAAAGAAAGGAAUGGGAAAUUGUUGAACCUGAGUCUGAUGCUGAAGUGAAUGUCCCUGACAUCCCAUCAAGGAAGAAGCCUACAACCAACAAGCUUGCUGCUAGUAUUCCUGAAGUUCCUAUUGACAACGUGUCAUUCCACCAUGCCUCUAGUGCCAACAGGUGGAAGUAUGUACUCCAAAAGAGAUUGGUUGUGGAAAGGGAAUUGGCUACAAAUGCUAUUGAGAACAAGGAGAUAUUAGAACUAAUUCAAGAAGCCGGACUAUUAAAGACUGUUUGCAAUCUUCCCAAAUGUUAUGAGAAGCUGGUCAAAGAAUUUGUGGUGAACUUAUCUGAAGACUGUGGAAAUAACAGGAGUAUGGACUACAGAAAGGUGUUUGUGAGAGGUAAGUGUGUAUCAUUCUCUCCGUCUGUGAUUAAUAAAUUCUUAGGAAUAACAGAUGAAGCUCAAACUGAGCUGGAAGUAACAGACAAAAAAGUUUGUCAAGUGAUCACAGCCAAGCAGGUAAAUAGAUGGCCCCGGAAAGAGAAGCUAACUGCAAGUAAGCUGAGCAUCAAGAAUGCAAUGCUUCACAAGAUAGGAGCAGCCAAUUGGGUUCCAACAAAUCACAAGUCCACUAUCUUAACUGUGCUUGGCAAAUUUCUGUAUGCUGUAGGAACAAAGGCAAAGUUUGAUUAUGGAACAUAUAUUUUUGACCAAACUAUGAAGCAUGCUGGAAGCUUCAGUAUUAAGGGUCCAAUUGCUUUUCCAUCCCUCUUGUGUGGUAUAAUUCUGAAUCAGUAUCCAAGAAUUCUCAAUGAACAUGAUGUAGUGUGCAAAACAGAAAGUCCCCUGGCCUUCCAUUAUAAACUGUUUCAAGGUAAGCAUGUUCCAGACAUUGUCAUGACAUCGACUGAAACUUCUAAAUCAGGAGCAUCAGUCAGCAAAGCAGAAGUCAUAGCAAUGUUAAAAGAGACUUGCAAAGAGCUGGAAUCUAGAAAAAUAUCUCUUGAAAAAAUGAUAAGUACUCUGGAAAUGAAUGAGAAUGAGAACUUUGCAGAUACUGAAGAGAUGGGAGGUAAAGAUGAACAAGAAUUGGAAGAAGAAAGUGCCAGUCCGGCUGAUGGCUCUGAGAAAGAAAGUUCUUCAGACACCUCAAGUGGGUCUGAAUAUGGGCAGUAA